AUGGUUACCUGCGUGGGGACGAGGCGCGGGGAAGAGGGAGAAGGGUCGGGGUCGGGGUGCGGGCCGCGCUCGCUGCCCUCCCGACCGGCGCCACCCCUUGAGGACGACGCCCCCACCCGCUUCCGAAGGCGCAGCUCCCGCGGGAAGGUGCGGGCGCCGCUCAAGCAGCAGAGGACAGCCGGUCGCUACCGAAGCCGUGGCGCAUCUAAGCCGCCCCACGCCAGCCGCCGCCGCCUAAUCCCUAGGCCCCGCCCUGCGCCCGCGGCCCCGCCCCCGACCCGCGUCGCUAUUGGCCGGCCGUGGCCAUGCAGGAGAGCUGCUGGACAUGGCGGCUGCUGGACAUGGCGGCUGCUGGACAUGGCGGCUGGUACCUUCACUGCAGGACCCGGGAAGCUGAGGAGGAAGGGAACUCAGUCUUUGCCUUGCAGAGAUGCUGAGGAUGCGAUCUAUGGAAGAAACGGUUACGAUUAUGGCCAGUGUCGACUCCGUGUGGAGUUCCCCAGGACUUUCGGAGGUCGGGGUGGGUGGCCCCGUGGUGCAAGGAACGGGCCUCCUACAAGACGGUCAGAUUUCCGAGUGCUUGUUUCAGGACUUCCUCCAUCAGGCAGCUGGCAGGACCUGAAAGAUCACAUGCGAGAAGCUGGGGAUGUCUGUUAUGCAGACGUACAGAAGGACGGAAUGGGGAUGGUUGAAUAUUUGAGAAAAGAGGACAUGGAAUACGCUCUGCGUAAACUGGAUGACACCAAAUUCCGCUCUCAUGAGGGUGAGACGUCCUACAUCCGAGUGUAUCCCGAGAGAAGCACCAGCUAUGGCUACUCACGGUCGCGGUCCGGGUCCAGGGGCCGCGACUCUCCAUACCAAAGCCGGGGCUCGCCACACUACUUCUCCCCUUUCAGGCCCUACUGAGGGUGGUGGGCAGGAGGGGGCUCUUCAGUUUUUUAGAUGAGCUGGGCUACUUUGUGUUCAGAGCCUACAUUCCAGACUGAUAGAGUCUUAGGACAUUUUUUAUAAUUUCUUUCCUUUCCUUUCCUUUUUUUUUUUUUUUUUUUCCCUUUUUAAAGGAACUACAUGAUUUUGACUAGAGCCACCAUACUAGCAGUGACCUGUGUAAGUCUGCAGAGAGAGAAGUUGUGGCUUUGGUUCAGGAACAAGUUGUAUAUUUUUCACCCCUGAUUAUGGGACAGAAAUCAGUGCUGCAUCUUUAUGGGUUGCUCUGCUCUGGAGAUUGGCAGUCACUAUGACCGAGUUGCCCAUUUUGUUUAGAAAAUAUAUUUUAAAUGUUUAGUAA